AUGGAUAUUGAAGUUUUCAAAGAUGAAGAAUUCUCUAAAGUCUAUCAGGAAAAGAUGAUUCCUCUUUCCAAAAAAGUUACAAAUCUUGUUAUAAGCUUUUUGGAAGACAAGAAAGGACGACCCUUUGAACUGGCUGUAGACGCUGGCUGUGGUACAGGAAGAUCAACCCGGCCUCUGGCAGAACAUUUCUGUAAAGUGAUUGGAAUAGAUAUAAGUGAGAGCCAGAUAAAUGAAGCAAGAAAAUGUACACCACAAGAGAACGUCACUUAUCAGGUCUCCUCAGUUGAGAAGAUGCCAUUGGAAGAUGCCUCUGUGGAUCUAGUUAAUGCAGCUGCUGCUACUCAUUGGUUCCCCAUAGACCAAUUCAUUCUAGAAGUAACUCGUGUACUAAAGAACAGAGGCUGUCUGGCAUUGCAUUGUCCGUAUCCCAAAAUUACCAUACAAUAUAAGAAUUGUUCAGAGACGUUAACAAACAUUUACAAUGAGGCUGUGGAUAAACUUUUCACAUUAGCAGAAAAGGCUAAUAAGAUCGUGUCAUCUAUGUAUGAAGAAAUGUUUGAGGCCUUGCCAUUUGCUGAUAAGAAAAGGGUCACGGACAUUACAGAAGUGUUCCAUGUAUCCCUGGAAGAACUCUUGGGUUAUUUAAAGGCCAUAUGUAUGUGCCACAAAUUUCUAAGUGUAGAUGAGGCUGGAGCCAUUGCUUUUUUACAAUCUGUGGAGAAAAGGAUGACAGACACCAUGGGGGAACCGUCUGGUGAGGAGACCCUGGAGUUCCACAUAAAUUACUUCUGCAUCCUGGCUAGCAAAUCAUAACCUGCUCUGAUUUCUGUCAUUCUCGUUGUAUCA